GAUCAGGCAUUGACUUUACUUUCCCCAUUUCUCAAUUGAAGAAAUGAAACUAAAAUUUUGUUGCUAUUGCCUCAGUUUACGUGUUGGCUGCUGCCUAAUUGCUCUACUUGAGAUCAUUUUCAAUAGUCUGGGUCUAAUAUUUGGCGAUGAGAGCAAUUUACUUCUAUUGGGCAGAGCGGCCUAUAUGUUCCACCUGUUGGGCUCUAUAAUGCUUCUAAUGUCCACCAUAAAGAAAGUGGCAUAUGCAGUCACCUUUUAUUUGGUCAGCAAUGGAGUUCAUUUAAUAUUAUGCACCAUAUUCGUUAUUGAUUGGUCCAUUCAUUAUAGCCAUCGAAUAUUUGAAGCUUUUAUACCUUUAUUUGCUUUACCUCCCACUAUAUACUUUUGGCUUGUGGCCUAUAGCUAUCGCAAGAGCAUCCUUCCCGAGAGUUUAAUCGAAACUGUUGGUUAAAGAGCCUCAAUUAAAGUGUAAAGAGUCGUCUUCAGUUCAUAAUUUUAAUGGCAAUCUUUCUUGUUCUUUU